CAUUCACCUUUAUGUAAUAAAAUCUUCAUGUAUUCUGUAUUGUAAAAAAUGAUUUCUUUUUGUUAAUUUCUGAGCUUAAUUGGUUCACCUCAUUUCAAUAAAAUUCUGAUUUUUUGUUUAGUUGUGUUGAUUUGGGUUUUCUCUGCACACACACUCAAAGGCUGCGACUUCUUCAAGGGUUGAUCGAAAAAUGGUGUCUGGGAACGACCCAGUUGAGUCCUUCUUCAAUUCCAUUCAGGUUGUGAAGGAAUCGCUGUCCCCUUUGGAAGUGGGUAUUCGGAAAGCUGCAAAGGAUCUUGAGCACUGCUUCCUGUCAGGACAUAAGAAUAAGGGCACGAAAGGUGUUUGUUUGAUUGCCCAGGUGAAGCAAGGUGGUGAAUUUCAGAUCUGCGAUGUGAAGAAGAAGAAAGGGUUGUCAAUGAAGGUUCCCUUGAAGGCUUUCUUGGGUAUUUUCUCACAAAACUCAGUGAGUGGUAAUGGGAAUGUGAAUGUGAAUGGUGAUGAGGUGGAUAAAAAGGGUGAUGGGUCUUCUUCCUGCACCAAUUGCUUGAAGUUUGCAGUGACUUGGUCUUUGCUGGUUAAUGGUUUCCUUCAGGCUCUCCCAGCUCCUUUCAAAGCUGGGAGAAAGAGGUCUCAGAAAAUGGCUGGUGAUGAAGAUGGGAAGGUAUGUUCAUGCAUGAAGCCAAGUGUUUCAUCGAGUGAAGUGACGCAGGAUGAGACCAAGGGCCAGUUUAUUAGGACAGUUAAGGAAAAAGGUGUGAAGUGGAAGGAUGGUAAACAUGUCUCACUUGAAUGUCUUAUAGGUUUAAUCUUUAAUCAGUUGAAUCAAACCAUUCAGAGUCUUGAUCAUGGUCUGCAUGGAAAUGACCCUGAAAAUGUGAAAACUUCACAACCUUCUAUACCACCUCAGAUUGGCCAUGUCAAUGCAUUCACAAACUUCUUGGAAGGGCACAAAAUGGAUGUGAAUAGCUUCUUGGGAAAUUUGAAUUUUGCAAAGGUAGGUGGUGUGCCAUCGGGUGUAGCUGGAGAAGAAAGCCCUUUAUCAAGUGAAGAAGGAUAUAAUGGUAAUAAUGCUAAUAGUGGUCAUGAUGAUAACAAGGAGGACGCUGGAGGGAUUUCGCCGCAGAAGGUUGCCUCUAACAUAUUCAGUAUUCCUCUAACAAAUGUGGAGCGUCUAAGGUCUACACUUUCCACUGUUUCAUUGACAGAAUUGGUUGAGCUGUUGCCACAGCUCAGGAGAGCAUCGAAAGAACACCCUGAUAAGAAGAAACUGAUCUCUGUACAAGAUUUCUUUAGGUACACAGAGGCUGAAGGGAGGAGGUUCUUUGAGGAGCUGGAUAGAGAUGGUGAUGGCCAAGUAACCCUGGAAGAUCUAGAAAUUGCAAUGAGAGACAGAAAACUGCCACGAAGAUAUGCCAAAGAAUUUAUGAGCCGUACAAGAAGUCAUUUGUUUUCUCGGUCCUUUGGAUGGAAGCAGUUCUUGUCAUUUAUGGAACAAAAGGAGCCAACAAUUCUUCGUGCAUAUACUUCUCUGUGUCUAACCAAAUCGGGGACACUGAAGAAGAGUGAAAUAUUGGAAUUACUAAAGAAUGCAGGGCUGCCUGCAAAUGAAGACAAUGCAGUAGCUAUGAUGCGAUUUCUGAGGGCAGACACAGAAGAAUCUAUUUCUUAUGGACAUUUUCGUAAUUUCAUGCUUCUGCUUCCCUCUGACCGUCUUCAAGAGGAUCCUAGGAGUAUAUGGUUUGAAGCUGCAACUGUAGUGGCCUUUCUUGUGCCCUCUCUUGUGCAUUACUGCAUCCAGUUGAUUCAAUCAAGACUCGAGUACAAGCAUCAACCAUGUCCUUCCCUGAAAUCAUUGCCAAGCUGCCACAGAUUGGAGUUCGGGGUUUAUAUAGGGGAUCAAUCCCUGCAAUUCUUGGACAGUUUUCAAGCCAUGGCCUUCGAACUGGGAUAUUUGAAGCAAGUAAAUUGGUGUUGGUAAAUGUAGCUCCUAACCUACCGGAACUCCAGGUACAAUCUAUAGCAUCAUUUUGUAGCACGUUUUUGGGAACAGCUGUGCGGAUUCCAUGUGAAGUAUUAAAGCAGCGGUUGCAAGCUGGUCUUUUUGAUAAUGUUGGUGAGGCUCUUGUUGGGACUUGGCAGCAGGAUGGUCUUAGGGGUUUCUUUCGUGGAACCGGGGCUACCCUUUGUCGUGAGGUUCCAUUUUAUGUUGCCGGCAUGGGACUUUAUGCAGAGUCUAAAAAGGGUGUCCAAAAACUGUUGGGGCGGGAACUAGAGGCCUGGGAAACAAUAGCAGUCGGAGCUUUAUCCGGGGGGUUGGCUGCCGUUGUCACGACGCCAUUUGAUGUCAUGAAAACUAGAAUGAUGACUGCGCAGGGUCGGUCUGUGUCGAUGACUAUAAUAGCCUUCUCUAUACUACGGCAUGAGGGCCCCCUGGGGUUGUUUAAAGGAGCAGUGCCAAGAUUCUUUUGGAUAGCUCCCCUAGGUGCCAUGAACUUUGCAGGCUAUGAGUUAGCAAGGAAGGCCAUGAAUAAGAAUGAGGAGCUAGCUGGUAAGGCUUCGGAGUAAUGUUAAUUAAAACCUGAAUUUAGCUGCAGCCCUUGGGGAAUUUCUUACUGGGAAAUUUUUUAGCACUUACUGAGUUAAUUGCAGCUCAUGCCUGGAUUUUCUUUAAUCUGCUGGUCAUUGAUGCUGCACUGAAAUUCACAUUUUGUUUCCUUUGUUCAUUUUGUACUUUUUUUGAGUCUGCCAUUUGUAGCAGCAGAAUCAACAAAAUUUUCUUGUACUUCCAAUUGAUUUCUUCAUCUAAUGUAUAGAUUUUAAAUCUAUCAUAAUCUUUCUCAGGUUUCUUCUUUU